ACUUUGUUAUUAGUGCAAUCUGCAGUUAGAGUUAGAGUUCAGAAUGGCAUCUGCGAAAUGUGAAUGUUUAUGGUCGCGAACUUUGAGAUGAAUUUAACGGCAAGAAGAUGGUCAACACCUCCUAUCACCACUGCAAUAGCAACAAAUUCAAGUCGGAGGGCAAAAAGUGUUCAUUUCGCAGACGCCAAAGGACUAGCGCUUGUCUCAACUUACUUCUUUGUAUCGGAAAGAAAUUCUUGGCAUUAUCAUCAAGAGAAGUAUGGCAGAGAAAGAAAGCAGAAAACGAAGUCCAAGUCCAUUGAUGAAAGAACUAUACUUCUGAAUUUUAAAUCACCAUUGCCUCGUAAGCAAUUUGACGACAAUGUCUCAAUAAGUAACGUGUCUUUGGAGAGAACGUAUUGCAAUAGAAAUGGAAUUUAUGGUCGUGUACAAGUCAAGAAUAUAGCUUUUGAAAAACAGAUCUUUGUACGAUAUAGUUUUAAUUCUUGGAGGACAAUUUUGGAACAGAGAGCCAGCUUCAUUCCGGGUGCAAGCGUAGGAAAUACGGAUACAUUUUUCUUUCAUAUUCCUCCGCCUUGCGUGCGCAAAAGUAAUGAAAACAAGUUAGAAUUUGCUAUUUCAUAUAAAGUCGAUGGAGAAAUUUAUUGGGACAACAAUUUUGGAGAUAACUACAGGCUUAUAUAUAUAUCAUGACAAAUGCUCGAUUUGCGCCUGAUAAAUGUUGUCACACUUCGAAAUUGUGAAGAACUCGCGUGACUAUGUAUAUUUCAUGUUUAGAAUAUGAGCUAACGGCAGAGAUUGUAUUAACUUUAAAUGCUAUUAUAGAAAAGUCGCUAUAUCAAGAAGACUGUAUCGAGAAGAAAACAUUUUUGAAGAUGACAAUUAAAAUUUUCCUAUUUUACAAAAA